GUGGGUCUCCGGCGUCCUGGAGACACGUAGGGAUGAAUUUAUGUUUCCGACGAUUGCAUCUGGAGGGAUUUUCAGCUUUGUGGAUGUUCUAUUUCGACAUUUUAAGAACAGUUCAUUGCAAAGAGGUGAAAAUUUUGUUCUGAAGUCUUCAGGACACAGAGAAAGUUUUUCCGUCCAUAAGUGUGGGACUUGUUUUGUGACCAACAAUAUGAAAGGCUCUGAGGUCAGCUUGGAGAAGAAAAAAAGGAUUAAGAUGCCAGCGAAGAGACUUCGUGAGGUAGUUUCUCAAAAUCGUAGAGAUCAUUUGGUUUUGCUGAAAGAUGACUUGCCCUGUGUUCCUCCGGCAUUGUCUGCAAAUAAACGUCUUCCUGUUGGAACGGGAACUAGCUUGAAUGGAACAUCACGUGGUUCAUCAGACUUAACUUCUGCUAGAAAUUGUCACCAGCCUCUAAAAGAAAAUCCCAUGGUGUCAGAAAGUGAUUUUUCUAAAGAUGUUGCAGUGCAAGUGUUGCCUUUGGAUAAAAUAGAAGAGAGCAACAAACAAAAAGCAAAUGACAUCUUCAUUUCUCAGUAUACAAUGGGACAGAAAGAUGCUGUAAGAACAGUUUUAAAGCAAAAAGCUCAAAGCAUGCCUGUUGUUAAGGAAGUAAAGGUACAUCUGUUAGAAGAUGCAGGCAUAGAGAAGGAUGCUGUUACUCAGGAGACCAGAAUUUCACCCAGUGGAAUUGAUUCAGCUACAACCGUGGCUGCAGCAACUGCUGCUGCCAUUGCAACCGCAGCUCCGUUGAUAAAGGUGCAGAGUGAUUUGGAAGCAAAAGUCAAUUCUGUUACAGAAUUACUUAGUAAAUUACAGGAGACUGAUAAACACCUGCAACGUGUUACAGAGCAGCAAACAAGCAUUCAGCGUAAACAAGAGAAACUACAUUGUCAUGAUCAUGAAAAGCAAAUGAAUGUGUUUAUGGAGCAGCACAUAAGGCAUCUUGAAAAAUUACAACAACAACAAAUAGAUAUUCAGACGCAUUUUAUUAGUGCUGCACUCAAGACUAGUAGUUUUCAGCCUGUUAGUAUGCCCUCCUCCAGAGCAGUGGAAAAGUAUUCGUUAAAACCAGAACACCCUAAUCUUGGUAGCUGUAAUGCGUCUUUAUAUAACACAUUUGCUUCCAAACAAGCAUCUUUAAAAGAAGUUGAAGAUACGAGUUUUGAUAAACAGAAAUCUCCUUUGGAGACACCAGCACCUCGCAGAUUUGCUCCUGUACCUGUUUCAAGGGAUGAUGAACUAUCAAAGAGGGAAAAUCUUUUGGAAGAAAAAGAAAAUAUGGAAGUGUCCUGUCGCAGAGGAAAUGUAAGACUAUUGGAACAAAUUUUGAAUAAUAAUGAUUCUUUGACAAGAAAAAGUGAAUCAUCAAAUACCACCUCACUAACUAGGUCAAAAAUAGGAUGGACUCCUGAGAAAACAAACAGCGUUGAAACUCUACCUUCUCAAAGAUUUCCUUCCUGUGAAGAGCUAGGAACAACUAAAGUGACUCUGCAGAAGUCUGAUGAUGUUCUUCAUGACCUUGGCCAAAAGGAGAAAGAAACAAAUAGCAUGGUCCAGCCAAAAGAAUCUCUGAGUAUGUUGAAGCUUCCAGAUCUUCCACAGAAUUCUGUUAAGCUUCACACAACCAAUACAACACGAUCUGUAUUGAAAGAUGCUGAGAAGAUUUUGAGAGGAGUACAAAACAAUAAAAAGGUACUUGAAGAAAACCUGGAAGCUAUUAUUCGUGCAAAAGAUGGAGCUGCCAUGUAUUCGCUUAUCAAUGCUUUAUCUACCAACAGAGAGAUGUCAGAGAAAAUUAGGAUCAGAAAGACAGUGGAUGAAUGGAUUAAAACUAUUUCUGCGGAAAUUCAGGAUGAACUGUCAAGAACAGAUUAUGAACAAAAAAGAUUUGAUCAGAAGAAUCAGAGAACCAAGAAAGGUCAGAAUAUGGCUAAAGAUAUUAGAACCAACACACAAGAUAAAACUGUAAACAAAUCUGUAAUUCCAAGAAAACAUUCUCAAAAGCAAAUAGAAGAGCAUUUUAGAAAUCUACCUAUGAGGGGCAUGCCUGCUUCAAGUUUACAGAAAGAGAGAAAGGAAGGGCUUUUGAAAGCAACCACAGUAAUACAAGAUGAAGAUUAUAUGUUACAAGUCUAUGGAAAGCCAGUUUAUCAGGGCCAUCGAAGCACUCUUAAAAAAGGACCAUAUCUCAGAUUUAAUUCUCCAUCUCCUAAGUCCAAACCACAGAGACCAAAAGUAAUAGAACGAGUUAAAGGCACUAAGGUAAAGUCAAUAAGAACACAGACUGACUCCUAUGCAACAAAACCUAUGAAGAUAGAUUCUAAAAUGAAACAUUCCGUUCCUAUGUUACCUCAUGGCGAUCAGCAGUAUUUGUUCAGCCCAAGUAGAGAAAUGCCUACUUUUUCAGGUACACUGGAAGGUCAUCUGAUUCCUAUGGCGAUUCUUUUAGGACAAACCCAAAGUAAUAGUGAUACCAUGCCACCUGCCGGAGUGAUUGUCAGCAAGCCACACCCUGUAACUGUGACUACUUCUAUUCCUCCAUCAUCUCGAAAAGUAGAAACUGGAGUAAAGAAACCUAACAUAGCUGUUGUAGAAAUGAAGUCAGAAAAAAAGGAUCCUCCUCAGCUUACUGUACAGGUAUUACCCAGUGUAGAUAUUGACAGCAUUUCAAAUGGUAGCACUGAUGUUGGUUCACCUCUGUCUAGUCCCAAAGAAGCAUCUCUUCCUCCUGUGCAAGCUUGGAUAAAGACUCCAGAAAUUAUGAAGGUAGAUGAAGAAGAGGUGAAGUUUCCAGGAACUAACUUUGAUGAAAUAAUCGAUGUCAUACAGGAAGAGGAAAAAUGUGAUGAAAUUCCAGACUCUGAACCAAUUCUGGAGUUUAACAGAAGUGUUAAAGCUGAUUCUACAAAAUAUAAUGGUCCUCCAUUUCCGCCAGUUGCUUCUACUUUUCAGCCCACUGCCAAUAUUCUGGAUAAAGUAAUUGAGAGAAAAGAAACAUUGGAAAAUAGCUUAAUUCAAUGGGUAGAGCAAGAAAUAAUGUCAAGAAUUAUCUCUGGGCUCUUUCCAAUCCAGCAACAGAUUGCACCUAAUAUCAGUGUUUCAGUCAGUGAGACAAGUGAACCACUGACUUCUGACAUUGUGGAAGGAACAAGCAGUGGCGCCCUCCAGCUUUUUGUUGAUGCUGGUGUUCCUGUGAACUCAGACGUGAUUAACCAUUUUGUGAACGAAGCCCUUGCUGAGACCAUUGAGGUCAUGCUGGGUGACAGAGAAGCAAAGAAGGAAGGUCCUGUUGCUACAGGUGUUUCUGGGGAUGCUUCAGCAAAUGAAACAUAUUUGCCGGCAAGAGUGUGUACCCCACUGGCUACUCCACAGCCUACGCCUCCUUGCUCACCUUCAUCACCUACUAAGGAGUGUGUUUUGGUAAAGACUCCAGAUUCUUCUCCCUGUGAUUCAGAUCAUGAUAUGGCUUUUCCUGUGAAAGAAAUAUGUGCUGAAAAAGGAGAUGAUAUGCCUGCCAUCAUGCUUGUUAAAACUCCAACAGUUACCCCUACUACUACACCUCCUCCAGCGGUGGCAGUUUUUACCCCAACUUUGUCAGAUAUUUCCAUUGAUAAAUUGAAGGUAUCAAGCCCAGAGCUUCCCAAGCCAUGGGGUGAUGGAGACCUGCCACUGGAAGAAGAGAACCCUAACUCACCUCAAGAAGAACUUCAUCCAAGAGCUAUUGUAAUGUCUGUGGCUAAGGAUGAAGAACCAGAGAGUAUGGAUUUCCCUGCUCAGCCUCCACCUCCAGAGCCAGUUCCCUUUAUGCCAUUUCCUGCUGGCACCAAGGCCCCUUCCCCCUCACAGAUGCCAGGUUCUGAUUCAUCAACACCGGAGAGCACAUUGAGUGUUACUGUCACUGAAACUGAAACUUUAGAUAAACCCGUCUCUGAAGGAGAGAUUUUAUUUAGCUGUGGUCAAAAAUUGGCCCCCAAGAUUUUAGAAGAUGUAGGACUGUACCUGACAAACCUUAAUGAUAGCUUAUCCAGCACUCUGCAUGAUGCUGUUGAAAUGGAGGAUGAUCCUCCUAGUGAAGGGCAAGUGAUUAGGAUGCCCCAUAAAAAAUUUCAUGCAGAUGCAGUUCUUUCUGUUCUUGCUAAACAAAACCAGGAGUCAGCAGUUUCACAGCAAGCAGUCUGUCAUUCAGAGGACAUGGAAAACAGUGUGGGUGAACUUAGUGAAGGACAAAGACCCCAGCUAAUAGCGGCAGCAGAGAACAUCUUAAUGGGACAUUCUCUCUAUAUGCAGCCACCUGUCACUAAUGCACAGUCUUUGGAUCAACAGUGUGAUCCUAAACCAUUAUCUCGGCAAUUUGACGCAGUUUCAGGUAGUAUUUAUGAAGAUUCAUGUGCUAGUCAUGGUCCAAUGAGUUUGGGAGAAUUGGAGUUGGAGCCAAAUUCUAACCUUGUUCUUCCCACAACACUUCUGACAUUACAAGAAAAUGAUGUUAAUUUACCAGUAGCCGCUGAAGAUUUUUCCCAGUACCAACAAAAGCAAAAUCAGGAUGUUAAGCAAGUUGAACACAAACCAUCACAAAGUUACCUACGUGUUACAAAUAAAUCUGAUAUUGCACCAUCACAGCAACAAGGUGAUAUGGAUCAGACACAAAACGAGCUCAAUCCAUACCUCACAUGUGUAUUUACAGGUGGGAAAGCAAUGCCACUCUCCGCUUCACAGAUGCCCCCUGCCAAGAUGUCCAUGACGCUGCCCUCAGUGAACCUCGAGGAUUGCUCUCAGUCUCUGAGCAUCAGCACAAUGCGGGAGGACAUGGAGUCUUCGGGGGCAGAUGCCUUCUGAACGGGAAGAGACAGCCAGCACCGUGUUUAUGCCACUGAUUUUAAAGUCACUUUACCUUCGCUUAAAACCCUCUCUCAGACUGUUUCGUUUUUGAGCAUAUUCUGAAAAAAAACAUUUCCAAUUUUUUAAAUAAAAUGAAAAGCAUAAUUUGGGUAUUUAAAGUUUUUAAAUAAAAUAAAUAUAAGUCAU